GCCAAGAUGGCGCCCGCGGCUUCCCCGCCCCUCGCGGCGGCCCGGGGCGUGUGCGGGAGCGCGGGCGGGGCGGGCGAUGUGGCGAGGCUCGGCCCCUCCUGCCCGGCCGCCACUCGCCGCGGCCCGGAGAUUAAAACCGAAGCGGCGCUGGCGAAGAACGGACAUGCUUGACACUUGUCUGCAGUUGCUUGUGUUGCACCCCGUUGUUUACUCGAAAAGGAGAGACUGAGACCCUGUUAGCUGGCUUCUUCUCGGGUUAUGAUAUAGCUAAUAAUAAAGUAAGACUGUGGAAAGAGCACCUGAGAACUGAGCAUGGUAGGAUCUUGAAGAGAAAAGUAGCUGGGAUCGACGGGAAGUGGAAGGGGAGGAAUGGCAUCCCGAGAGAGACUGUAUGAGCUUUGGAUGCUUUACUGCAAUAAGAAAGAUCCAGAUUACCUGAAGCUCUGGUUGGAUAGUUUUGUGUCUAGCUAUGAACAGUUUCUGGAUGUGGACUUUGAGAAGCUGCCAACGAGGGUGGAUGACAUUCCGCCAGGAAUAUCGCUGCUUCCCGAUAACAUUCUUCAGGUCCUCAGGCUCCAGUUGCUACAGUGUGUCCAGAAAAUGUCAGAUGGCCUGGAAGAGCAGCAGCAGACUCUGUCACUUUUACUUGUGAAAUUCUUUAUCAUCCUUUGCAGGAAUUUGGCUAAUGUGGAAGAGAUUGGGAUGUGUUCAUACAUUAACCAUGUUAUCACCAUGACUACACUGUACAUUCAACAGUUAAAAAGCAAAACAAAAGAAAAGGAAGUGGAGGAUCAGACCCCCAUAGAAGAAUUUGUGAGACAUGCAUUGGCUUUCUGUGAAAGCCUGUAUGAUCCGUAUCGAAACUGGAGGCAGCGAAUUGCAGGACGUUUCCUUAGCACAGUUGAAAGGAGCAGACAGAAGUAUAAACCAGCUUCCCUCACUGUUGAGUUUGUCCCUUUUUUUUACCAAUGCUUUCAAGAAAGUGAACAUCUCAAGGAAAGCCUAAAAUGUUGCCUGCUGCAUCUCUUUGGAGCUAUUGUGGCUGGUGGUCAGAGGAAUGCUCUUCAAGCAGUAUCUCCUGCCACCAUGGAAGUCUUGAUGCGCGUUUUAGCAGACUGUGACAACUGGGAUGACAGAAACCCUGAGGAAGUGAGCAGGAAGGCAGAGCUGACUCUGAAGUGCCUGACAGAAGUUGUCCAUAUCCUCCUAACCAGCAGUUCUGACCAGCGCCAGGUCGAGACAAGUACAAUACUGGAGAACUAUUUCAAGUUGCUUAAUUCAGACCAUUCAGCCUUACCUAAUCCAAGGCGAUGCAGGCAGUGGGAGAGCAGAUUCAUAGCACUGCAGAUCCAAAUGCUGAAUACCAUCACAGCCAUGUUAGACUGCACAGAUAGGCCUGUUCUGCAAGCAAUUUUCCUUAACAGUAACUGCUUUGAGCAUCUCAUUCGACUGUUGCAGAACUGCAAGCUGUUUUUAAAUGCUAACAAUAAAGUGGCAGACAAGAGUGAGAAAGACCUUACCAACAAAUUACUGACAGAAAUGAAUGAGGACCAGGUGUUUCAGGGACACCUGGACUCCUUGGCAGUGUCAACCAUUCAAGCCCUCACAGCAGUAAUGCACAAGUCUCCAGCUGCAAAGGAGGUCUUCAAGGAGAGGAUUGGGUAUGCACACAUAUAUGAGGUACUAAAAUCACUGGGUCAGCCGUCACGGGAAUUGCUGGAAGAACUCAUGAAUAUGGCUGUUGAAGGUGACCACAUGGCUGUUGGGAUACUGGGCAUUAGUAAUGUGCAGCCCUUACUGCUGCUCAUCCAGUGGCUUCCGGAGCUAGAAUCACACGAGCUGCAGAUUUUCAUCUCCAACUGGUUGAGGCGGAUCUGCUGUAUCGACAGGCAGAGCCGUGCCACGUGUGUCAACGCAAACAUGGUCAUCCGUAUCAUCGAGACCCUCAACUCCCACUCCCUGCUCCACUGCACUUGCGCAGAGAACCUGAUCGCCCUGCUGGGCUCCUUGGGGAGCCAGUCCAUGGGCUCCGAGGAGCUGUUCCAGCUGGUGCGGCUGCUGCGGCCGGAGGAGCCGCGCGGCGCUCACCCCUACGUGGUGCCGGUGAUGCGCGCGCUGCUGGCCAUGGCGCGGAAGCAGGGCCUGGCCAGCGCCCUGCAGUACUUCAACCUGCACCACAGCAUGGCCGGCAUCGCCCUGCCCGCCAUCCACAGGUGGCCGGGCUCCGCCUUCUCCUUCAACGCCUGGCUCUGCCUGGACCAGGACCGGGUGGAUCCCGGCACGCCGGGCAAAAGCGGCAAGAGGAAGCAGCUCUACAGCUUUUUUACAGGAGGUGGUAUGGGGUUUGAAGCCUUUAUUACGUGCUCGGGUGUAUUGGUGGUUGCAGUGUGCACAAAGAGGGAAUAUGCAACAGUCAUGCUGCCUGACCAUUGCUUUUUUGACUCUCUCUGGCACAACAUAACUAUUGUUCACGUGCCUGGCAAGAGGCCCUUUGGUCAGAGCCUGGUGUAUAUCUAUGUCAAUGGACAGCAGAAGGUCUCUGCCCCACUUCGAUUCCCUGCUAUGAAUGAGUCUUUUACUUCUUGCUGCAUUGGUUCAGCUGGUCAAAGAACAACAACUCCUCCUCCCUCUCAGAUACCAGAUCCGCCUUUUUCCUCCCCAGUCAUGCCCCACCGGACAUCGCUUGGGGGCAUUCUCGCUCCAGGAGGUUGGGGCGGGGUGCUUGGAAAACCAGAGUUCAUCACCAAAAUGAUCUCAGCAGGGACUCAGGACAGUGAAUGGGGGUGUCCAACAUCGUUGGAGGGCCAACUUGGAUCAGUUAUUGUCUUUCAUGAAGCACUGCAGCCUUCUCAGGUGAAAGCAUUAUAUUUAGCAGGUCCAAACUGUUUAACUCCAUGGAAGUCUCAAGAAGCUGAAGUAGCAGACCUCCCCAGUAAGGUGCUGCUUCAUUAUACACCAAAGGCCUGCAGAAACCCAAUUUGCCUUGACCUUUCUGCUAAUCUUUUACAUGGAAGACUAACUGGAAACAAAGUAGUGAAUUGGGACAUCAAGGAUAUGAUCAACUGUAUUGGUGGAAUGAAUGUGCUGUUUCCAUUGCUGGAGCAGAUCAGCUUUCUUGGUACACAGAUGCCUGAGAAGUCUGAAGGAGAAACUCUGCCUCCAGAGCUUGUAACUCCUGUAGAGGGUGACUGGGUGGUGUUUUCAUCCCCAAAGGCAUCAGAAGCACGUCUGGAGAAGAACAUAGUUGCGACUUUCAUCUUGAUGAUAAAGCACUUUAUUCAGGGACAUCAUGUUAAUCAAGAAAACCUCAUUCACUCCCAUGGAGUUGCCACCCUAGGAGCCUUGUUACAGAAGGUGCCAAGCAUCUUAAUGGAUGUGAAUGUCCUGAUGGCUGUACAGUUGCUGAUAGAGCAAGUCUCAGUUGAAAAGAACAUGCAGCUUUUGCAACAGAUGUAUCACCACUUACUUUUUGACUUCAGCAUCUGGAACAGUGGUGACUUUCCCUUCAGAAUCGGACAUAUACAGUAUCUCUCUACAAUCAUCAAGGACAGUAGAAGGCUCUUCAGAAAGAAGUAUGGUGUGCAGUUUCUUCUAGACACACUCAGGAUUUAUUAUGGGACUGGUUGUAAAGAUGGUGAUCUGGCUCCUGAUGACCUGAGGACAAUACGGACAUCCCUGUAUGGACUGAUCAAAUAUUUCCUGAGCAAAGGUGGGACACAUGAAGAGAUUCAGAGCAUUGUAGGAUACAUAGCUGCCACCAGUGAUGAGGAGCAGCUCUGUGGAAUUUUGGACAUUCUCUUCAGCCUACUUCAUUCCAGUCCAGCCCCAGACCAGCUUUUUUUAUUGCUCUUUGAACCAGGGAAUGCUGAUAUUCUUUAUGCUCUGUUAUUGCAUCAAAGAUACUCUGACAGGCUUAGAGAACUUGUGUUCAAGAUCUUGGAAGAAAUGCUGAAAUGCACCAAAGUUUAUGAGCGGAGCAAGCACCGUAUGAGACUCAGAGAAGUGGGAUACUCCGGGCUGGGGCUGCUUCUGAAUGAAUCCCCAGUUACUGUUUCUCUUAUUAAAAACCUCCUUAACCAAGUUCUGUAUGCAGAUCCUGCUGUGAAUUAUAAAGAUCUCCUAGCUGUAGUGUACCUGGCUCAUAGAUCAGAUAUAAACAUGAGAGUGAUUAUCUGUAGAAAGAUUUUGCACCUUUUGCAUUCCCAAUUGGAUGCAGCACAACAGAUUUCUCAGCAGCUGGGCUGGCAGGACACUUUGGUUAGACUAUUCCUGAAAGAAAACUCAGAGGUCCGGAUUGGCUUUAAGGAGAACAGGACUGAUUCCUCCAGGGAAGAGGAUAAAAAACCUCCUACUGAAGAGCUUCAGAAACAUCAAGCUGAUAAGACAGAGAGAGAGAAAACUGGCAGCUUUGCAUCAGUUAAUGGUCUCUUUGAUCAGUGGAGUUUAGAAGACAACAAAUCCCUGGACGUCCCUGCCCAUUUCUCUGUUAUGCCGCUGGAAGACGCAUCCACGGCAGAGAUGUCUUUCAGUUCGCAGGGCCGAGAAGAACUGUGGCAGAGUAAUCCUUCACAUUUGAGUUUGGAUUUGUCCAGUGUUGACUCUUAUGAACUGGCUGAUGUUGGGAAUCAGAUGACAGACAGCCAGCCCAGCACUCCCUCACCCACAGAGAGCACAAAGCCCUUCUCUGGGCAUCCUGACAAAGAGCUGGGUGUUACGAAUGAUGUGGGCUUUGCUGCUGAGCUUUCUCUCUUUGAAAACCAAGGAGGGAGUGAUAAUGAACUCAUGCAGUUACUCACAGACAUCCUACUGUGUAUAAUGUGGAAAGGUAUUGAAAAAUCUGAUGAUGAUGCUUGGAUUGAGAGAGGACAGGUAUUCUCUGCUCUCACCAAACUGGGGAUGUCCAACGAGUUGCUGCGGCCUUCUGAUGAAAUAAAACUCAACUUGCUGGAGAAGAUGUUAGAAUGGUCAGUCACUGAUAACAGAGAUUCAAAAGCUCUCCCUACACAUGCUGAAAAUGCCUUCAAGCUCUUGCUAAUUGUACAAGGUUUCCUGCAGGCAGAAGGACUCAUUAAUUCAAAUUUAUGGACAGAAAAGCUCUUGGAAGAACUAGUGACUCUCAUGGAUAGUCUGUCAGUCUGGUACUCUGCUGGCCUAGAAGCAAUUAGGCUUUCACAGGUGCAAGUCCAGCUGCUCCUUGGAUUUAUUGCUCAAGACAACUUACAGGUCUGUGCUAUGGCAGCAGCCAAACUAAACACCCUCCUUCAGACCAAAGUAAUUGAGAGCCAGCCCGAAGCGUGCUACCUCCUGGGGAAGUUGGAAGGCAUUUUGAGUAGGUCAAUUGAAGAGAAGACAGAAACUUACUCAUUUUUGAUUCCCCUUGUUCGGACAUUGGUAUCCAAGGUUUAUGAACUUCUCUUUAUGAACCUGCACCUUCCUUCAUUGCCUCCUACCAAUGGCAGCCCAUCUUUCUUUGAAGACUUUCAAGAAUACUGCAGAUCUGAUGAGUGGCAAGUUUAUAUUGAUAAAUAUAUUAUUCCAAAUAUGAAGCAAUAUGAAGAGAAUUCAUUCAGACAUGAUAAUGAGCAGAUGGCACUUUAUUGGAAAGAUUGUUAUGAAGCAUUUAUGGUGAGCAUGCACAAGCGAGACCGGGAAAGAGGAGAAAGUAAACUUAAAUUCCAGGAGCACUUUGUGGAGCCGUUCAGCAGAAAGGCUCGGCAGGAAAACCUGCGGUACAACAGCAUGCUCAAACAGCUGAGCAGUCAGCACACAGCCACGCUGAGGCAGUGGAGAGCAGCCCAGCUGUACUUGUUCUCUGAGCGUGGGCCUUGGGCUGAAAGGAAACAGCGUCCUGUUCACUGGAAACUUUCAAAUGUGGAAAAUUUUUCACGUAUGAGACUAAAAUUAGUGCAGAAUUACAACUUCAACUCUCAUCAGGAUGCUAGUGACCUGAGAGAUAAUUUAGGUGUGCACCAGACACAGCCCUCUAGUGAGUCUCUGCUUCUGGAGGUGGUGAAGCAGGUGAAAGUGAGUGACUUGGAAGAUGAUGUUCUAGAACUACCAGAAGAAGACACAGCAGCCAGUUCCAAUUUGGAUGAGAAGGAUGAGGAAAGUCAGAAAGAAAAGCUAAUAUUGUCUGAAGACUGUGAACUCAUUACAGUAAUUGAUGUGAUACCAGGGAGGCUGGAGGUCACUACCCAGCACAUCUAUUUCUUUGAUGGUAGCAUUGAGAAAGAGGAAGGGGUAGGUUUUGAUUUCAAAUGGCACCUUUCUCAAAUUCGAGAGAUCCAUUUGCGUCGGUACAACCUGAGGAGGUCAGCUUUGGAGAUCUUCCUUACGGACCAAACCAACUAUUUCCUCAACUUCAAUAAGGAGGUACGAAACAAAGUGUAUAGUCGGAUAUUGUCACUGCGUUCUCCAAACAUUUCUGGGACCAGAUCUCCACAGGAACUUUUCAAAGCGUCAGGUUUGAUGCAGAAAUGGGUGAAUAGAGAAAUAUCCAACUUUGACUACCUUAUUCAGCUAAACACUAUGGCUGGACGAACUUACAAUGACCUUGCUCAAUAUCCUGUGUUUCCCUGGAUUUUACGAGAUUACACCUCAGAAGAACUGGACCUGAAUAAUCCUGCAGUAUUUAGGGACCUGUCCAAACCUAUAGGUGUGGUAAAUGAGAAGAACGCGAAGACUGUGAAAGAGAAAUACGAGAAUUUUGAGGAUCCUCUUGGGAUGAUUGACAAGUUUCACUAUGGGACACAUUACUCAAAUGCUGCUGGUGUCAUGCAUUACCUCAUUCGGGUGGAGCCUUUCACAACACUUCACAUCCAGCUUCAGAGUGGCAGAUUUGACUGUGCUGACAGACAGUUCCACUCUAUUCCUGCUACCUGGCAGGCACUCAUGGACAACCCCAAUGAUGUCAAGGAACUUAUCCCAGAGUUCUUUUACUUUCCAGAGUUCCUGGAGAAUCAAAAUGGUUUUAACUUAGGCCAGCUUCAAAUGUCCAAAGAGGUGGUAAAUGAUGUUGUUCUGCCUAAGUGGGCCCAUUCCCCAGAAGACUUUAUUUAUAAACACAGGAAGGCUCUGGAAUCUGAGUAUGUUUCUGCUCAUCUUCAUGAAUGGAUAGAUUUGAUUUUUGGCUACAAGCAGAGGGGACCAGCUGCAGUGGAGGCGCUUAAUGUGUUCUAUUAUUGUACUUAUGAAGGGGCUGUGGAUUUGGAUGCUUUAACAGAUGAGAAAGAAAGGAAGGCUUUAGAAGGGAUGAUAAACAAUUUUGGGCAAACUCCCUGUCAGCUGUUAAAGGAGCCCCAUCCACAAAGGCUGUCAGCAGAAGAGGUAGUACAAAGACUAACUAAAAGUGAUACCUCUACUCUGAAUCUCUUCCAACACCUCACUGAGCUGAAGUCAUUCUUCAUAGAGGGAAUUAGUGAUGGUGUGCCCAUUGUCAAAGCUGUUGUCCCCAAGAAUCAGUCACGUUCCUUUAUUUCUCAGGGAAGCCCAGAGAUCUUGGUAACGACAAGUCUGAACUGCGUUAUUGGAACUCAUGGUUGGCUGCCUUAUGACAAAAAUAUUUCCAACUAUUUUACAUUCAUCAAAGACACAACAGUGACAAAUCCCAAAGCACAGCGCAGCAUGAGUGGUCCUUUUGCCCCAGGGCUGGAGAUCACCUCCAAGCUGUUUGCAGUGUCCCAUGACGCAAAGCUGCUCUUCAGUGGCGGACACUGGGACAACAGCAUCCGAGUGACAUCCCUUACGAAAGGCAAACUGAUGGGACAGCACAUCAGGCACAUGGAUAUUGUGACCUGCUUGGCAAUAGACCACUGUGGAAUUCAUUUAAUUUCAGGCUCCAGAGAUACUACCUGUAUGAUAUGGCAAAUAGUGCAGCAGGGAGGAGUGCCUGUAGGCCUGGCACCUAAGCCAUUACAGAUCCUUUAUGGGCACACUGAUGAAGUUUCAAGUGUUGGCAUCAGCACUGAACUGGAUAUGGCAGUGUCAGGAUCCAGGGAUGGCACUGUCAUCGUCCGCACUAUUCGGAAAGGUCAGUACGUGAGGACUCUGCGGCCGCCUUGUGAGAGUUCUCUCCUGCUGACUGUUCCCAAUCUGGCUGUGUCCUGGGAAGGCCAUAUAGUUGUCCACACCAGCGUGGAAGGAAAGACGACUCUCAAGGAUAAGAAUGCAUUACAUCUCUAUUCUGUCAAUGGGAAAUAUCUGGGUUCUGAGACUCUGAAGGAGGAGGUGUCUGAUCUCUGUGUAACUGGUGAAUAUAUCGUCAUGGGCAGCUUGCAGGGAUUUCUUUCCAUACGGGACCUGUACAGCCUGAGUCUGAGCAUCUCUCCCUUAGCCAUGAGACUGCCAAUCCAUUGCAUUUCUGUCACCAAAGAAUACAGCCACAUCCUUGUGGGCUUGGAGGAUGGCAAGUUGAUUAUCGUUGGUGUUGGCAAGCCGGCAGAGGUAAAACCCACCAUCAAGAACUUUUUCUACCGAACAGUGGGAAGUUCACUUAUUUCUGCUUUCCAGUUGAGCAAGAGGUCUCCUCUAUGGCAGGAUGCGCUCAGGUCAGCUUUCCCGCAAGCUGUGGGGAUCAAGCAAACGGCUCAGCCAGAUUUCAUCAGGAGAGACUGAAUAUAACACUCAAGAUUCCAAGUGAUUGCUGCUUCUACAUUCUCUCAUGGAUUCCAGAAAAAUGUUUAAUCUUUUGGUCACUUUAGAUGUAUAAGUAUGUAAUUAGGGCUUUGAUUCUGAAGCCCUUUGAUUCUUGUGGAUGAAGAAGCUAUGGUAGAGCUAUAGUAGUAAGCAUAUGUACUCAUGCAAGUUAGCCUGCUUGCAUAUUUGUCCUUAACUGUGUUGACUUGUUCACAGCAAAAUCCCUCUCUCAACAGCUGCUAAAACUGUGUUUUGGGAGGGCUAAAAAAACCCUGAACAGUCCCCCCACAAGUCUUCAAACCCCAGAUUACUAAUUGAAUUUAAGAUAAGUAGCAUUUGAUUUAAAGCUGAGUAGGGCCAGAUGCUCCUUGAUAACAAGAUAUUUGGCUUUGCUUUGACAGCACUGUUGUUUCCCAGUAAAUUAAAACUCUGGUAGUUGCAAUGGUUGGAUUCAGAAUUGAAUAGAUGAUGGUUACAACCUUCUCAAUACGUUCGUUAGCCUAAUGAACUUUAUUACAGUUUGUGCAAAUGGCUGUUGCUCUCUGCUUUUGUGUAGUUCCAAUUUUAGGCUGUUCUGCAAGGAACAUCUGUGUUGCACUACUUUAUCAGAAAUUGUUUUAAGUACAGACAUGAAUAACUUCAAAGGAGUUGGAGGUGGUGAAGGAGCUGAAGGAGGUAGGAAAUAUCGCUGCUGAAAAUUAUUUAUAUUGUUAAGUAAACUUACGACAUACACCAAGAAAUCCCAUUAUAUAUUUAACAUCUUGCAGAAAUACCCAGGAAGACUCAUUAUCUAUAUUGGUUAAAUAUCAAUCUGCUUCAUUAGUAAGGCAACUUCUGCAAACAAAAGAUAAAUUUCCACUGCAGAAUCAUUAUGCAACAUUGCAGCACAAUUCAAUUAAAAAUAGCACCUGUUUGUUUCUUGGCUUCGUGUUCACCAAACCAGUUGUUAUCCAUAUUUUUUUCUGUAAAAUAAACAGGGAAAAGAGUUGAUAUAUCCAUUUUCAAAAUGCAUUUAAGACCUGGUAAAAGAAAAUAUCAGAUCAUUAUGUGUGAUCUAUCAAAUUGCUUACUAUGUUUUGGAGAAGCCAUUACUGAGUUGUUUUUUUUUUUUUUUUUUUUUUCUUUGUUUAGCAAUACAUGAUGAUAGAAGGGUGUGCAUUUUCCUAUCAAUCUGAUAUUUUUCUAAUUUUUACUGAUUGAAAUGAUAAACCCUAUACUGUUAGAAAAGCUGGGUGCUGAGGGAAAAAUAUGAAUUUCCAGAUCAGUGUGCAAAGGUGUGUGUGUGUAUGUGUAUAUAUGUGUGUGUGUAUAUAUGUAUAUUCAUGUACGUAUUAAAAGAAGAAAAUCCCUUGGGGUGAGGGGAGCACAGAUACAAGGCAGGUGUAAGUGAUUGUUAGCUAAUAUGUUCCCUUUUGGGUCCCCCUUUCUUCCCUCUACCAUCACUUUUCUUGUUAUUUUUUAUUUAUUUAUUUAAAUUAAUGUGUGUUGUAUAUCUCAUAAAUGUUAUCAGAUAUUCCCUGUGGCUGGGGAGUUGUUGAACUACCUGAGGAACAUAAUGUAUAAUCUCAUUUCAUUAACUUCAAGCACAAUAUUUAUUGACUUUAUAGAAAUAAUAAUAUCUCCUUACCCUGCUAAAGGAUAAUCAUUACAAGUUGUGUUAGUCUCAUCCAAACUGAUUUAUCCUCCUCACUUUCUUUACUGGAAAAAAAAAUCCCUCUUGAUGGCUGAUUGGUGUACUUUGUAAAGAAAGCUGUGUUGCAUUUUCAUAACUUUUGUAAAUGAAAUAAUAAAUCAGAUUAGUGAACAAGUGGGUCUAUGCAUAGUUGCAAUAUUCUGCCUAAUCACUGUGACAGACUGGAUUGUCUGGAAAGUUAAGAGAAAAUAAGAAUUAUUUUCUUGAGUCACUUGCCAAGAGAAGAUUAAGCUUCCAAAAGUAGAGUGGUGUGGGUUUUUUCAUGUAUGUAAAAAAAUGUAAAUUAACCCACAUCUCAUAUUUUCAAAUAAGCUAUAGAGAAAGGAAAAAUACUAUUUUCAAUCAGUUACCUAUCCAGUAAGAAUACUAAGGAUACUGUGGAAGUAUUAAGUUUGUUCAUGAGAAUGUGAAGUAUGUUUGUCCAUGAUGAUUUCAUGAAGAAGGGAUUUCAGGGGAGUUCUUUUUAGAGUAGUUUAAUAGUAUUUCAGCUCAGAAUGUGAGAUCUUUCUGUCUUAUGGGAGGAUGAAAAUACUCAGUUGGGGCAUUGAAUCGACGGGUUUUGUAGGUAUGCAUUAAUGUUGUGUUGAAAUGCAUAGACAAGGCUAAGUGUUUAUUUGGAGGGGAAGGGGGCAGGAAAUCAUCAUGUUUUAGGCUAUGAGAAUGAAGUGGAAAAAGGGAGAUGGUCUUAAUGUAGUAUUUGGUGGGAGCACAGUUUUCUUCUUGUCACUUGCACAGAGGGGUUUGUAUACACAUUUUAAAACACCUUAUUGUGGGUUAGGUACAUUUACACAAGAGCUGAAUUAACAUUUUUCAAUAUUAAAGAAUAAUGAAUACAGUGUGUCUGUUUAAGUAAAAUAUAAUGUUGCAAUAGUUGAAAUUAUUUAUGAUUAAGACCUUUGACAUUUGAACACCAUAAUUUCAGUGUAUCACAAGCACUGGGUGAUCAUCACCAAUACCUUGGACAGGUUUUAAUGUGGACAGUUCAUAGGCUCUUAAACUCAAGGCUGGUCUGUGCUCAGUACAAAGCAGCAGCAGCAGAAUGAGGAGGGGGCAGGUGAGUUUUGAGCUGCUGCUUUAUGCCCCAGGUAGAAUGGCAACAUCCAUGGCCUUUGGAUGUGAGAUCUGGUCCUUAGGGGUGGGAGGUGCACAACAUCACAGCUUGGCAGUCUUGCCAGAGGCCAUCUGGGAGGACCUCCAUGGCUGUGAAGGUCUGCACUUUGCCUUUGUUUAAAACCAGCUUUAAAUAAAAGAUGAGUCGUGUGAGCAUUAGCUGGUAUGUUGUUUCUUUUAGGUUUAACUUGUUUGCAUAAAAAGUAGACAAUAAUGUUUAAAAAUAGAAAAUAAUUCUUCUGAUCAGCUGUUUAGUCAGUUGACUUGCAGCCUGUUAUGCAGUGCACUGUGAAUUGGUGAACUGACUUUCAUAAUUCUUUAAUUUCCUCCAGUCAAUAAAGCUUAGGAUCCCAUUUUGUUUUUCAGGUAGUAUUGGUGAAGUAAGAUUCUCCUUUGGUUUUGUUCAAAGGUUUUUUAAGUAUAAAAAGUGAAGUUUUGAGAUUAUAGGAUUCCAAUGAGGAAUUUAGAACAAACAGGUCUUAAGUGACAUUUAUUUCAUAGCACUACAUUUGUCAAGAUCUUCUUUGUGAUAUCUUCAUAUGUUUAAUUUUUGGAACAACUCUAAUAAUAUUUAUCAAAGUUUAACAUAUGCUUACCUUUGAAGAGGAGUAAGUUGGAGUGUAAAUAUAUAUAUCUAAAAGAAACUGAAAACUGACCUAAUUUUCAUACCUGUAUAUAAAUGAGAUUAAGUAGUUAGCAGUAUUAACUUCUUCGUAGCACAGUUUUGAACUUGUGUACCAAAGGAUAUUUAGAAGACGUCUCCUUUAUUUCAAUGAAAAGGUUUGUUAAAUUUCUCUAAAUCAAUUUACUUAUAAUUAUUGAUAGUAUUUUUAGUUGUCUUUUUAGCUAUAGCGAAGAAUCCCAUCUAGUCUUUGCUGGGUUUGAACUGUACAAGCAUACAGAAAGUGAAAUGCUCUUCAAGUUAGCAUCUGACUGAGGCAGAUUUUUCUGUAACCAAUAUACUUAUCCAUUACUUGCUCAUAGAAUAUCUAGAAACCACAUCUUCUAUCAUCCAUGUACCUUACCAGCACAACAUAAUAAUCCCACUCCUAAAGCAACUGCAUUAGUCCUGAUGGUUAAGACACAUUGUGGAAAUUAGAUGUUUUAGGAAAAUAAUUGUUUGAUAUUAAAAAGAGUAAAAAAAAGAAAAAACUAAACCAGCAAAACUACCCCCCACUCCCACAACUUCCCCUAAAACCAAAACCAAACUCACCCACAUCCAUAUUACAAUUGUUUUGCUAAUCUGCAACAUUGAUAUAAACAAGCUUUUUCCCCUAUGGCAUGUCUUAGAUCAUGUAUAUUAUCCCAAAACAGGUUUAUCAGUCUUCACAGGCUUUAAAUGGCCAAGUCAAUUGGCUGUCUUAUAAGGAUACCCUUGAAAGUUGUAUUUCUUUUUCCUUUAAAUGAGUGCAAAGAACUAAGAACUAAAGGAAAAUUCUUUAAAUAGUCCUGCAAGAAUGAUAAAUUUAUUUUUGUAAUGUACAGAUUUGGUAACUCCUGCUUUAGUCAAUGGGAGCUGUAUACCUCACUUCCCUAAACCAUGUCUUCCUCCUCCCUGUUUCCUUUGCAAACCUUUCCCAGUCUUAAUUAUCAAAAUCAUUAGAAAAGGUAAGUAAAGGAACCAAAUGCUGCACAAAGCUUUUACUGUGUAUGUGUGAUUAGUUGAAAAUGUGUAUCUAUAUACAGAUUAUAGAAUGGUAGGGAGCUUUAGAGCUAGAAGGGGUGUAGAGAUGUCGACCUCCUUCUGCUCCUGUAUUGAGAGUCUCUGUAGACACAUGCUCUGUAUUGUCACCUGAAACAUUCCUGUCUUCCACUGCUAAAGGCACCUUGCUGGCUAUGUUAAAUGCUGAGCUGAGGUGCUGUGAAUAUUUUUUUCCCUUUCAAAGAAUUAAAAAAAAAAAAGUGCACAUGAAAUGCAUACCCUAAAGUGAGCCUGGGGCCUGAUCUAAUAAAUUCUGUUAUGUGAAAGCACUACAUAGAGUUGUAUUUAUUUGAAUGGAAAUUCAAGCAUGUGCUUCAGUGCUUUCUAGGUCUUUUUAUGCUUUCUGGCUUAAAAGCUGUGUUGGUUUUGGCUGCAAACAUGGCACUUGUUGGUGGUGUCCUUUUGGGGAGAGCAAGUUUCCAUGGUAUCAUAUACAUGUGGGUUCAUUGUAUGCCAAUGUUAGAGUCAACUGAAGUGUUUGGAAGAUGUCUUUCCUUUCAUUCCAAGAAGCCAAUCUUAUUAUUACUAAAUUGCCCUUGUAAGCACAUACUUUUGAAGGAAGUAAGUUUUCUAAGAAGCUACUGCAUUAAAAAAAGAAAAUUAAAUUUGGUGAAAUGCUAUUGUUCCCUUCUUCAGUGUUAUGGAUAUCAGAUGCCUGAAUGUAAAAACUCUUGAGUGGCACCAUAGCAUGCUCUGCAUUUCAGUUGAGUUCAUUCACCUUACUGCAGUCUUGAACACCCCAUAAGUGAGGAACUGUUUGCAGUGUUUAGUCCAAGGUAGCCUUUGUUCAGUUUUAACUCACCUUUUUGCUGUGCAUCUGUUGAAGAAGACUGGUGUAUCUUUCUUUUAGUUGCCAUUUACCUAUGUGGCCCAAAUAAAAUAGGUGUUUCACUUAUUUUCAAUAGAAUUCCUUCAGUGUGUGCUCUUCCUAGUUUUGUCCAGUGGACUUGAGAAAUUUGGCAGGUAUUUCCAGAGUUCAGGUCUAUGCUUAUACUCAGCACAGACAUCUUCUGUCCCAGAAGCAUGAUUGUCAGUACAGAUUAUGGUUUAAAGCUGCUAAGGUGUUUUGAGAUUGGAAUAUAAAACAUCCAGCCAUAUAUAUCACAGAUCUAACUGAACUUGGAGGUCACUUGUUUAUUCACCUUCCUAUCUAGUCAGUAUUUUCCUCUCAAGGGAGCCAUAUUUUUUGCCUUGAAAUAGCUUUAAAAUAAACUUAAGUCUUGCACCUGACAGUACUGCUUUAGUCAUAUGCAGCAGUUAGCUGUUUCUUAAAGAAAGCCAUGGGGGGAAAAAGAAUUUAAGAAAAACUUGCAAUACAUACUCUGAUUCUGCAGGAGCAACUUAGGAUGAGAUUAGAGAAAUGGUGCAUGUGAGACUUACCUCCCUUUGGUCAGUGUUUUGAUGGAAGCUGUGAUGCUACUCAGUUUGCCUGAUGAAUUUUUACUGAAGCUAAUCAGGGGGUGGAAGCAAAGGCCUUACAGCAAAGUUAACCAUAUCUUCUGAUAAAUCUUACAGAUUGUGCAAUUAUGUGAUUACAAAUGGAUCUUUAAAUGCCAAAAAAUGCCUUUUCAAAGAGUUAAAUGUUAGGUCUGAGAAGUGUUGGAAAUAGCUACUUUCAGAAAUGAGCCUUCAGGCACUGUAAUGAACUUGCUGUCUGUCUUCUGUGCAAUAUCUUUUUCCCUCUGGGUGCUUUAAGAGUAUACUGUAUGUCUUACUUUGUUUUGAUCAAUGUGUUUUAAGAGUGUGUAUAUUGGCUGAUGAUGGAUUUUUUCCUGUACAGCAUGGUGGAAGAUGUUUUAAAAUUUUGCACUUUUCUAGGAUUUGCAAGUUUGUAACCUGAAAAUUUUUAACAUGCACACUUUUGUACAUAAUUAGCAUUGUAUAUAUUUAACAUGAGUCUGAAGCAAAUAAAAGUAAUUGAAUGCAUAA